UGUUGGUUGAUUCCUUGCCCAAGCUAGCGCCUCCGGGGAAGAAGUUGCGGCUGCGGGCAGGCGGGGGCCGCGCGGGUGGGCUUCUACGCAGACGACAGGGCGCCUAUGAUGGCCGCAACCAACCGCAAGAAGCGGGCCGGGACACUUCGCAAAAGAGCGACGGCACUGCGCGAAGAACGGGAGGCGCUCGGCCUCGGCCCCGACAGGGCCGUGCCAAGGGCCCCAGCCUCGUCGGCGCCCAUGCCCGUGAAGCGGAGGCUCGAGCAGGCAGGACGCCGGCAAGCCCCCUGUGUGAGUGUCUGAUUGGGUGGGCCGAAACAUUGCCCACGCGCGCCAGCCGUCG